GACCAGUUUGGCCGUAUUAUGACUGAGUGUAUUAGCGCACAGGGAGUUAAUUUUGUGAGUCUAGUGGACAGUACGACCGGCACCGGGACCAGUGCCUGUCUUAUUAGCGGCAAAAACCGGUCAUUAAUAGCAUAUUUAGGCGCUUCACAGAACAUACGGAUCACACAUUUGCACCAAAAUUAUAGUUAUGUAGAAAAGGCCACAAUUUUCUAUACGUCGGGCUAUCAUUUGGGUAUAGACCCCGAGUCUAUUAUGUUUCUGGCUAAACACGCUCAUGAUAAUCAGGGUAAAAUGUUUUGUCUGAAUCUAUCGGCCCCUUAUGUGAGUCAGAAGCUGUAUAAACCUCUGUUGGAUGUCUUUCCUUAUGUGGAUAUACUGUUUGGUAAUGAGUCUGAAGUGCAGUCCUUUGCCGAACUUAAUGGGUGGCAGACAACAGACAUGAAAACAAUGGUAAGACUGACGGCUGAUAUGGAGUGCCGGCGAAAGUCGGGGCGAACUGUAGUCAUAACUCAGGGAAAGAAUUCCAUUUUGGUAGCAAAGACUGACUGUCCGGAUGUCAAGGAGUUUGUGGUGAAAGAAGUGGACGAAAGUCUAAUAGUGGACACCAUUGGAGCGGGCGAUGCAUUUGUGGGCGGAUUCUUCGCACAGUUAGUCCGGAACCGGGAGUUAGAGAUUUGCGUCGAGAGUGGGAUAUACGCCGCACAACAAGUCAUUCAACACAUCGGCUGUCAGUUCCCAACAGAUAUGCUUUUUCAAGGAAAUAAUAUGAAAUUGAAUUUAUAA